AUGACACCUGAUGCAAAUGCAACUCAACAGGGAUCUACAUCUCCAUCGUCCGAACAGCGGCAUCUGAGCGUGGCCUAUUCUACACCUGGUGAUCGAGAGGAUGGGGAAUCUUCAAAUGCGCAGGGCGAUGUUGGAGAGGGAGAAACUCCAAACGCUGAGCAAGCGGAGGGUAGUGGGGCUGGAGGUGCGAAUAGUGGAGGGGAAUCUUCUAGAAAGAGAAAAGAUCCACCGGCCGAUGAGAGGAGGACUGGUGCAAGGGGUGUGGCUAAUUUGACGCCAGAGCAAUUGGCGAAGAAGAGGGCAAAUGAUCGAGAGGCCCAGAGGAGUAUAAGGCAAAGGACGAAGAAUCAGAUAGAGGGGUAUGAGAGGAGGAUUAGGGAAUUGACUAGCCAGCAACCGUACCAGGAGUUACAAAAUGUAAUAAGGCAGAAGGAAAUGGUGGAGCACGAGAACUUGGACAUUAAGAAAAGGUUAUCACAGAUUAUUACACUCAUUACACCGGUACUUGGUACUCAUGGAUUCGAAACCUCUCAACUACCACCUCAACCAACCUACCCUCCUCCCACUCAACCAAAAUCCACAAAUCGCAAUGCAUCAAGUCCAAAUAGUAUAGCCUCGCCCAGCACCGUCGCUGGACCUUCAUGGCCAGCCACUACAGCGCCAAUAGGCCCAACCCAAGAUUCCAGAACAUUCAUUCAAACACAGCAAACACAGCAAUUAGCACAACAACGACACGAUAUGGUACACAACCUCGAUAUAGGGCCCGAAAGACUUGGUCUGGAUUUUCUUCUAGAAGAAGGUCAACGCCAUAAAAUACCCAUUCCCCCUGCUGGCGCACAAGAGACUUUUGGAUGUCAACCAGCACAAAGACCAAUAGAAAGUGUGAGUCCCAGGGACACACAUCAUCGAAGCAAUUCAGUAGCUAGUAAUGCCACAAGUUAUCAUGCUCCAAAUCCAGCCUCGGGCUCGAGCCCAGAAGUAAACGGUUUUACCGCUCCUAUCCGAAACGGGCCCCCUACAUGUCCUUUAGACAGCCUCCUCCUCGACUUCCUCCACGAGCGCCAAGCCGCCGCAUUCGAUGGUCUUCCUACCCCAAAACUUGUAGGACCAGCUUAUCCUUCCGUAUCCAGUCUCUUGAAUCCUUCCCGUGGGAUCACUUCCCAUCCCGUCUCAAAAGUCUUCACUGAUAUCCUCGCCACAUUUCCUGACCUUUCGACCUUACCUGAAAGAGUAGCAGUCCUCUAUAUAAUGUUUCUUCUCAUGCGCUGGCAGAUACACCCUAGCCAAGCGAACUACGAUCGUCUUCCCAGCUGGAUCACUCCUCGUCCCAGUCAACUCUUCACUCCACACCCAGCAUGGAUCGACCAUCUUCCUUGGCCCAAAAUGCGUGAUGUCCUCGUCCGCGAUUAUAAUCCUCGUGAUUAUCUAUUCGAUAAUUUCUUCAUCCCGUUUACUUCUACAUUAAGUCUGAAUUGGCCAUAUGAACCUACAGACGCACUUCUAAAUUCUGGAGGAGGUAUAGGAGGAAUGGGUUUAGGAUUCAGUGAGGAGGGAGAGUUACUAAUCAAUCCUGUUUUCGAAAGACAUCUCAGGAGAUUGGAGAAUUGGAGCCUGGGACCCGCAUUUGCAAAUGCGUUUCCAGGGUUAAGAGAUACGUAUCGCAUUAAGAUUGAUGGGGACAGGCGGUAG